GAUGAGCUACGGCGCAGCCAAGACAGUAAGCAAAGCCACUCCGUGUACAAACGUGCCGAUCUACUGUCCUUUGUGCCCGAUUGGUCCGUCAGGGCAGCCGUGCACUAUCUGGAAGUACAACGUACUAUUUCACCUUGCGAAGGAGCAUUGUACCGACAACGACGAGUUACCUCCUAUCCCACUGCAGCUGGCAAUCGACAGUCAACAGCUGUAGUCGAACGAGGAGGACCUAAGUCGCGCCGACGCUAGGAUCGCCUGUACCGAUUGUAACUCGUAGUGGACUGUUAUCUAAUCUAGCGUCUUAUCGGA